AUGUUGAAAGCUUCAUCUUGUAAACCUAUUCCAGCAAUAAAUCAAGAUGUUGUUAAUAUGGAAGGACAGUUUGCGCUUAUGAGGUCAUUCACAAUUCCGUCAAAUUAUGAUUACGUUUAUGAAUCAGGAAUUUAG